CUCGGCGCUGGGACAGCCACAGGCUGUGGCCCACUAAACGCGCUGCCCGAGCGGCACGAGACGGCCGCAGGGCAUCCGUCGCACGGGCUCCGAGACCCCAGCACGGCGCCACUGCGAGCCACCAUGCAUAAACACCAGCACGCAUAACCAGGCAGCAUGGGCAGCCAGUUCUCGUCCGGCUUCGUGCCGUCCGAAUUGAGGCAGCAUGUGGAAAGACCCUUGGCGCGAGUCAAGGUCUUGUUUGAUGCUUUCAAGAGACUGUGCCGGGACGACUUCCAGAACAACGGCAUGUUCAUAACCCGAGACCAGUUCCAGCGGGUCUUCGACAUGGACGUCGACGAGGCGCAUCGCCAUUUUGGAUAUUGGGAUCGGGCGCGGCGCGGUCGUGUUAGUUCGGUGGAGCUGUGGGGCGCCAUGGCGUUGUGCUGCGCGGAGCGCGAGGAGCUCAAGAUCAAUUUCUGCUUCUCGGAGUUGCUGGACCUCGAUAAAGAUGGUGCGCUCAAUGAAGUUGAGUUAAGACUACUGCUGUCGAGUGUCUCGACGGGUGUCGCUCGACUCAAGCAGAUCCGGGCGCCUCCGCCCGACUUGAUUGAUACUGUGGUGCAAGCAGCUUUUGAGCAAGCUAUCAAGACCGAAGACGAGCUCGCAUUGCAGGGCAAGAUGGACCUGUAUAAUUUUGGCAUGUACCUGAAGGGCGACGAUGACCUCCAAAAAUAUCUAGCGUCACUGGAACGAGAGGAUUCCGGCGACAGUGAGGAGCUGUACAAGCAGCAAGCUGAUUUACUGUUGGAGUUAGCUAAACUAGAUGCGCGCCUCGAUGAAAUAGAUGAUGAGAGAGCCAGGGCGGAGCACGACAAGCGGUUGUACGAGGACGAGCGGGGCGGCGACGUGCGCAAAGAGUUGGUUGUUGGUUUACGGGGUUUAUACGACGAAGCGUCGUCGGACGAUGAAGUCGAGGUGUUGCUGGGCGACGGCGAAGCUAGAUUGGCGAGUGCGGCGCGGAAGAAGGCCAAGGAGAGCGGGAGGGCGAUGGUGAUCGAGCAGGAAAAGACGUUUGUGACUGCGGGAGAGCCCGUGCACAUCUCCAACAAAUUACUAGCCAAGGCAUACGCGUCGAAACAAACCACGACCUACUACAAGAAUGAGGCUAAGCGCCGGAAAGCGCUGGAGCGGGAACGAGCUCUAAAAGUCGAGGGCGGAUUGGCCUACUCGAAAAAUCGUAAGGAGAAGAUUGACACACCAACAAGCCCCCCGAGGCAAGCGUCGAAGCUCAACGCCCAGAUGGAGCGACGAGCGCGGCGCAAGAAGGCCCUCGGGCCGCGGGCGGGCGACGACGGCGGGGACAUAUUUAAACGACUCGCGCGAAAGCCGGCCAAAGCUUUGGUGGGCAGUGACAAGGACGACAAGGAGAAAGCCAUGCUGUUACAUAAGUGGCGGACCUUCGAGCAGGGCAUCGACGAGCUCGUGCGGCUCGAUGUCGACUUGUUCGAGGAUUUAUUUGAAGCUUUGGCGGUGUUUAUUACGGACGACGAGGCUCAGGAGGCGUUGAGGGUGAUGCCCUGCAAUGCUGUUGGUGCUUAUUCAUUGGAUGCAGUGUUACAAUGGCACCGCAAUCGGCACGUACAAGAGCCGACGGGCAACGAAGCCAUCCAGGCGGCCAAGACGAAGCUCGAGACGAUCAAGGAUUGGGUCAACAGAGCCGGCUCUAUCCUAAGGAGGUGGUCCACGAAUGUGAGGUCUCGGUUAGCCGCGAAGCGCGAGGAGAUGCUCGCUCGUAGUGUAGUAGCGGUGCAAGAAGAAGAAGAAGAUGAAGAUGAUGAGUCGGACUCCGACGCAUCGGAAGCAGACACGGCGACGACGGCGUCGCAGUCCGUCAAACUACCUGUGAUUGAAGGACCGCAGGAGAUCGUCCCGGGACUCCGGGGCCAAGCGCCCCAAGCAACGUUUGACGAUCCAAAGCAAUUAGUAUCACCGGCCAAGUCCGAACAGUCCUACAAGCCCGAACCGACGCAGCCCUGCGCGGGGAACGCUUCCCUCAAAAUAGGCGAGGGGGACGACCCUAAACUGACAGAACCGAAGGCUUCGUUAAAAUUCGCCUUGUUGCGCACAUCAAGACCGCAACUCGGGCUGGGUGGCAAGAGCGGCCCCGACGCGUUGAACGACGCCAUCGACCAGGGUUUAAAUGAUACAAGGAAGCUAGAUGUAUCAGCUGCCGAAUUGAUCUCCGUAGAUUAUCGAAGGGCCUUGCAAGCGUUCCAAGGUGAAUCAUCGGCACCUAAAGAGCAGAAAUCACCAGUCAAGCAGCCGCGGCCGACGACGGCAGCCUCACCGAGACGACCUAGAACCGGCAUCGACGACUGGGAUCCCGAGGGCCCCGAGCCUGCUAGAUCCGUGUUUUGGGUCGAUCUGCCCAUCGACAAGGAUGUAAGUGUGGAGAAAGUGGUCAGUGUCUCGAGGGAGAUCGAAGCUACUGCCAGAAUCAUACCUCGAGAUUAUGCGAAGCAUUACUUUGAUCGGGUGAGGUGUGACGUGGUGGUCGCGCAACUCCCCAUGAAAAGUAAGGGCAAACGUAAAAAUGUAGCAGGUCAGAAGGUCGAGAAGCCCGUUUUGAGGGUGCAGGUGUUUUCCAGACAUGAUCCCCUGCAGAUCGUCGAAUCUGCUUUACCGGAAGAUGCGAGACCGUCGCAAAUCCUAGGUACAAUAACAGGUGUCUGUGAUUUCAAUCAUACGUUGGCUGAGCUUGCGCAUGAAGCGGCGAAGUACCACGACUUGGCGCCGCGGCUCUGGGGCCCGCAAGAAGUCGAGCUAGGUGACGAGAGUCCUACGUCCUUCCGAGAACGAAUCAGGUUAUUGAGGAAGCAGUUGCACGACGACGCCGACGCCGUGGAUGGGAUGGACCAGGACGAGCUCCGAGAUAGGCUAGAAAGGGAAGGUCACGCGUCGACCGGCGCCUUCGCGAGGGGUAGAGACAAAGAUGGCAAGGAGAAGCAGCCCGGCAAGGUCGCGAGAGAGCGAUUACGAGCCGUGCUCUACCGGAAAGCGGCGCGAUUGGGAUACGGGGAACUGUCCGACUUUGGGGCGAAAGUCGCUUCUAGCAUUUUCAGACGCUUCGACCCGGACAAGAGUGGGGGCAUGGACUUCGACGAGUUCGCGGCCAUGAGUCGGGAGUUGGGUGAGUUGGCGCCCUUGGACAGUGCCGAAUAUAAAAAGUCUCUAUCAGCUUCAGACGUGCAUCUGAAGACCGAGGAGCAUGUGGACCCCAACACGCACAUGAAGCGCGUCAAGGUCAUGGGCGUGUCUGUUCAAGGUUUCGUGGCUCGCUAUGCUCGGAAAGGUUCUUUGGGUACGGACGCGGCUCUGCUGGGGUGUGGCUCGCUCGACGACCAGAUCCAACUCAUCAGUUCGAUGCAGCUGGAGUUGGAUGCGGACGCGGCCGGUCGCGUCGAAGCGGCUCUCGUGGCGCACGCUCGGACCAUGUCUACUGAAAGGGUACGGAGCUGGUGGCCGUUGCGGACGUUCUUCCCGCAGCCUCGUCAACAGCGCCGCGCGGCUCUACUAGAGUGGCUCGCCUUCUUCCUGAAGUUCUCGAAGGGCUGUUUCGUCGAAAGGACCGCUUCCCGAUUGUCGGAUGUGCUAGGGAAAGAUACCGCACCGGACUGGCUCACGAGCCCCGGUUACUUGUUUUAUGCCAUCCACCAAUUGAGGGAAACACUAGCUAGAGGAAACGAGGGCGUCAUCCCGUUAUUUAGGAACGCUCUACAAGAGCAAUUCGGUUCCAGAUGGACCUCCUUGCAUGAAGACCUCGGUAGUUUACACGAACAAGUACCAGUAAGAGAGAUGGUCACAGAUCCAUUGGGAGUACAGAAGCAGCUGGCCGAGGACGACCAGGUGUUUAAUGCCAUGGCUGGAGUGGCUGGUGUGGGGCGCUUCGACAGUAGGCGAGAAAAGGUCCAGGAUUUGACUGGAUUUUCUCAUGUGAACGUCAUGCGCGUCGCGGCGAAGGCGUCAUCGAUACAAUUACGAGGCAUCCCGGAGCCGACGGAGGAGGAGGCUGAACGAGCAAAGGAGCAGGCCGAGAUACGAGCGGCGCAGGCCGCGAUCUCGCCGGCCAAGUCGACAACUUCCCAGGCUUCGGACCUCGGCGAGGAGCACGACGUUUCACUAUAUGAUGAAGCCUUCGAGCGGUUGUUAUUAGGCGAGGAGAAGUUCCCUCCGAAGCCGGACGAAGAUGACGUGGUUGUUGUGGGCGGUCUGAGCGCGAACGACCCGACGGCGGAGGAGGCCGAGGCGGACGAAAAGGAAGAACAGUUAAGGGCCCACGGGUCGAACCCCUUCUGCGACGAGGGGGCCCUACAACAUUGUGCUCACUUGCAGACCGAGGUCGACGACUGCGAAUCGGCUCUACAAAGGGAAAACAUUCCUCCGUACGCGCGCGAGUCGCUCGAGCGGAGAAGAGACGCUCGUGUUCGCGAGUUGGCUUGUUAUAGUGAAGCGUUCGAGCGGCGAGAGGUUUUGGCACUCGCACGAGCUUUGAGGUUUUACGACGGGCUCCGAGACAUUGCCGCGGGCCCGUGCUCCUUUGGCUUUGGCACUCACACGCGGACAGUACGAGGUGAAUUGGACGGCUUCCUGGAUACGGUCAGACUCGGCAGAUUACUUCCAGCGGGCAUGGGCGAAGCCGCUGCCUUAGAACUGCACGAGGCGCAGGAAAAACGUAGAGCGACGGACCGCCUCCUCGAAGCUCAAAGGCGUAUUUUGCACGAGAAGGAGCUCAUGAGAAAGGCGGCGGAAGUCGCGGCCCAACGAGCGAUCACCGCCGAGAAAAGAAGAGUGAGGAGAAGGUUCGUGGAAGAAGUGAGGUUAUACGGCCGGGGCGAAAAGUACAUGCGCGAAGCCUUGUUUUAUGCGACCAAAUAUGGACCUACUGAUAGUGUAGCGGACCGGAAACGGUUAGAGGCGGAGGAGUUGUGGCAGAAGCUCAUCAAGGUCAGGAAAGAAAGAAGGGGUGAUGUAAGUGUCGCGCACGCGGUAUGUGUCUCGAAUCUAGCGGUGCUAGUCGCCAUCCGAGGCCGCGCAAAUAAGUCCAUGCUCCAAUUACAGGAAGCCGUGGAGCAGGCCCAAGCUGCGAUCGGAUUGGCGGAACGAGCCCUGGAGGACCGGAUCCGCGCCGAGGCCGCCUCGACGAAGUGCCUCUUCGAGAUCUACCACCAAGCCUUACUGGACUGGGACAAGGCCUUUGCGAUCCUCGCCGCGAACGAGGCGAAGCAAGAUCAUAAGAGGCAGGCUAAAAUUAGUCUGUUAGAGCGGGAACAGGCUUCACUACAAAAAGAAGAAACCGAGGACGAAGAUCGAGUAGCGAUCAUCGAGGACCGUCUGAAGAGUCUAGCCAAGUCCCUGGAGAGCAUGACGCAGCAGCGCUGGAACUCGAAGUUCGAGAUUGAUUCUUUCAUAAAAACAAAGCCGGAGCGACCGCUCAUAGAAGUGGAAAGGCACGAGGACGCGAUGCUGGUACUAGCUGUGUGCAUCGCGAACGAAUUGCUGAUCAUCGAGGACAUCGGGCCGCCGCCUGACAGUCAAGAAGAUCUGAGACGGAACGUGCUGUGGCGGCAGUGCGUUGCUAUAUAUGCUUGUGCGUCGGAGCGAGGCCGGUCGCAGCUCGACAACUUGAACAGGCGCUUCGCGCGACUGAGGGACGAGAACUACAUGCCUGAUGCGAUGCCUUCUUCCUCAGACGACGACGACUCGGACGAUGAAUCAGAUGAGUCCGUGGCACCGGAGCCGGGGGACACGUUCGUCGACGAAACACCCUUAUCAGAGAUGUGGUACGAACGACAUGCGGAGGAUGAUCCAGUGCCACCUCUGAAUAUACAAGGAUGUGGUGUCGAGAUAGGGGGCUUCUUCCCGCCCCCUUCUCCCUCUGCAAUAAGGCAGGAGAUGGAGGCGAAAAUAAUCGCCAAGGAACAGGAGAAGGAAACGAAGAAGCAGGAGGUCCUCCAGGAGAAGGAGCGCAACCGCAAGACCGAGGCCAAGAUGCGGCGCAUGCGCCGGCAAAUGAGCAUGAUCACGGACUUCGACGAGGAGACGUUGCGCAAGUUGGAAAGGGUCGAUCCGGCACGAGCACGGAGAAUCAGGGCGAACAUUGAACGCGAGAGAACGUUGGAGAUCAAGCGGUUGCGGAACCUCGAGAAGGAGGAACGUAGAAGAUUGAGGAAGGAGCGCGAGAUGAUGGCGCCGACGGCCUCUAUUGAUCCGUGCAGUCCGGUCCAGUCCAAGGAGGCCGCGGAUUGCCAGCGGCAGAUUGAGUUCAUACGAGAAUUGAAGGAGCAGAAGGCCUCGAAGAAAGAGAUUAAGAAGGCUACGGAACACUUAAAGGAGCUCCAGGAGGUCCAUAAGGAAGUACACGGCAAAAUUUACGACGAGUGGGUUAGAUUUAAGGGCUCGUACUGGGAGAACGUGCCUGGUCGAAGCAACACGCCUACCCUCGAUCGGGCCAUUGAAAGGGUACUGGGUCGAAGACGAUCGAGGGGCUCGCUGGGCGAACGGCCAGAGGCGCUGCAGAAGGCUCAAGAUAGAGGUAGUGACAUGCGGCGGUCGUCCUUCGAGGACAACCGCGACAAGAUCUAUGGACGGCCGACGCGGUUGGUGCGGCCCGAGCCGUCCUUCCAGCGCAAACAGUCCGCUCGUAAAGAUCUGAUCAACUACGAGAAGCCUUCGCUCACAAAGCCGAGCACGUUAUUACCUUCCUUAUCACGGGCCGACAAGUACGCUAUUGGAUUACAUACGGGGCACGACCGCCCCCAGAAGCGCAUCCCGCCCUCCUUGUUCUCGCGCGUCGUCAAGAAGCUGCCUUCCCUGCUGCCGCGGGCGCCUUGUGCGAAGAUAGACCAUAUCGAAGACGAGGCGUCGGUGGACUGGAUCGGCGAGGCUCUGCGGCCGCCGGACGCGCCGGUCGACGGCGUCGUCGACGGCGUUGUCGUCGGCGAGGACGAAGCUCUGUCGCCGACGCCCUCGACGCCCGAGGAGUACUUGCCCCUGUCGGACGCGGCCGUCUGGAAGUUUCAGGCGCCGGCGCCGGCGCCGGCGCCGGCCGCCAGCGCGCCUCGGCACACGCCUGGGGUCACUUGGGGCUCCGACGUGUUCAGGGGCGCGGAGACACCGGAGACACCGAAGCGGCACAUCUUCUUCGAGCCGCGGAGUCCUACGGACACCGACGGCGGCGCCUUCUCGCCGACGCCGUCCAUGGCCGACCGCCCCGGGACCGGUGCGCGCCCCUGGACCGGUGCGGGGACCCCGACGCCGUCGAUGUCGUUCUCGCCGUCUGGAGACAUGUAUGCCGCGCCGGCGCCUGCUUACACGCCGGGGCGCACGCCCGGCACUCCUGGCGUUAGGUGGAGUGACGAUUUGCCCGGCGCGUCGUUUGGCGCAUCAGACAGAGGCGUGGCGACUCCGACGCCGUCGAUGGCGUACUCACGCGCGGCAACACCAGGGACGCCCACGCCGUCGAUGGCCGAUCGACCCUUGACUGGAGACAUCUAUGCCGCGCCGGCGCCUGCUUAUACGCCUGGUCGCACGCCCGGCACGCCUGGUGUCCGGUGGAGCGAUGACGUACCCGGCGCGUCGUUUGGCGCUUCGGACUUCAAGCGCGCGGCGACGCCUGGUACACCCACACCGUCCAUGGCGUGCUCGCCGGACGAAAUGCAGGACGACGACGAUAGCAUGGCGACAGCUGCCCAGGAGGCGCAGGACGAUAGCCCCCCAUGGCGGACGUUAGACGAUGAGGGCGCCUUCUCGCCGACGCCAUCGAUGACGGACCGGCCCCUGACCGGUGGGGGCCCCUCGGAUGUAAAUCACAACUGUUAGUAGAACCUAGUG